AGUUUUUGAAAGCUAAUCUCAAUAUAAUGACUAAUAAUUCAAAAUUGAAUCUUGUUGAAAGUACAAAAAAUCUCGGUAUAGUUUUAGAUUCUCAGCUUAGAUUUAAAGAUCACCUAAAAAAUCUUAUGCAAACAUAAUUUUGUCUCUGGGUUUUGCUUAGAUCAGGCAAGUAGAGGUCGGAUUCAGAAGGUGCAAAAUGCGUGCCUCAGAAAUUAAAUGGCUUAAAACGAAUGAGCGUCGCACUCUGCAUUUUUCUAGUUUUUUAUUAAAAAUUAUAAACACUCCAGGUUCACCUGAUUCUAUAAGAAAACGCUUAAUUUUCCGACAUUCUGUUCAUGAUAUAAAUGUAAGAUAUUUAAAAAAAUUAACUAUGCCGCUUCAUAGUAGUGCAUUGUUUUAA